AUGUCUCUCUUGUCUUUACUGAUAUGUCACAUUGUUUCCCAUAUAGAGUGUAUUAACAGUUGUUCAGUGGACACGGCAUUGGGAAUAUAUGCUAUCUGUGGUAGUUGUGUCGAUUAUGUUACGUGUAUUGGUGCAACAGGAAUUCUACAAACUUGUACUGGUGGAUUGAUAUUCGAUUCUGUAGUUGGCUCUUGUAAUACCGUUGAAAGAGGUGUUUGUGGAGGUUGUUCAGUGGACACGGCAUUGGGAAUAUAUGCUAUCUGUGGUAGCUGUGUCGAUUAUGUUACGUGUAUUGGUGCAACAGCGAUUCCACAAACUUGUACUGGUGGAUUGAUAUUCGAUUCUGUUGGUGGCUCUUGUAAUACCGUUGAAAGAGGUGUUUGUGGAGGGAUACCAACGUCGCCUGUUACAAGUCCAGUAACAUCUCCACCAAAUCCCGUUUGUAUCAGCAGUUGUACGGAUACAUCAGCCACAGGAAUCUUUGCUAUUUGUGGAAGUUGUGUUGAUUAUAUUAUAUGUGCUAAUGGAUUAUCACUACCACAAACUUGUACUGGAGAAUUGAUAUUUGAUUCUGUAACUGGUACUUGUACAACUGUUGAAGGUGGUGUUUGUGGAGGGUAUGCAUCGUUUACAUAA